UCUGAGCCCCUCCUGGCCCAGCAUGGCUCGGCGGCUGCAGGAUGAACUGUCAGCCUUCUUCUUUGAGUAUGACACUCCCCGGAUGGUGCUGGUGCGAAACAAGAAGGUGGGCGUCAUUUUCCGUCUGAUCCAGUUGGUGGUUCUGGUCUACGUCAUUGGGUGGGUGUUCGUCUAUGAGAAGGGAUACCAGACUUCAAGCAGCCUCAUCAGCAGCGUGUCAGUGAAACUCAAGGGCCUGGCUGUGACCCAGCUCCAGGGCAUGGGGCCCCAGGUCUGGGAUGUGGCUGAUUAUGUCUUCCCAGCACAGGGGGACAGCUCCUUUGUAGUUAUGACCAAUUUCAUCGUGACCCCUCAGCAGGUUCAAGGCCACUGUGCAGAGAACCCAGAAGGUGGCAUAUGCCAGGAUGACAGUGGCUGCACUCCAGGAAAAGCAGAAAGGAAAGCCCAAGGUAUUCGCACAGGCAACUGUGUGCCCUUCAAUGACACUGUGAAGACCUGUGAGAUCUUUGGCUGGUGUCCCGUAGAGGUGGAUGACAAGAUCCCAAGCCCCGCUCUUCUCCACGAGGCUGAGAACUUCACCCUCUACAUCAAAAACAGCAUCAGCUUUCCACGCUUCAAGGUCAACAGGCACAACCUGGUGGAGGAAGUGAAUGGCACCUACAUGAAGAAAUGCCUCUAUCACAAGACUCUUCACCCACUGUGCCCAGUCUUCAGCCUCGGCUAUGUGGUGCGAGAGUCAGGCCAGGACUUCCGCAGCCUGGCUGAGAAGGGCGGAGUGGUUGGCAUCACCAUCGACUGGGAAUGUGACCUGGAUUGGCAUGUGCGGCACUGCAAACCCAUCUACCAGUUCCACGGACUGUAUGGGGAGAAAAAUCUGUCUCUAGGAUUCAACUUCAGAUUUGCCAGGUACUUUGUGCAGAAUGGGACCAACCGUCGUCACCUCUUCAAGGUGUUUGGGAUUCGCUUUGACAUCCUCGUGGAUGGCAAGGCCGGGAAGUUUGACAUCAUCCCUACUAUGACUACCAUUGGCUCCGGGAUUGGCAUCUUUGGAGUGGCCACAGUCCUUUGUGACCUCCUAUUGCUUCACAUCCUGCCCAAGAGGCACUACUACAAGCAGAAGAAGUUCAAGUAUGCGGAGGACAUGGGGCCUGAAGAGGGUGGACAUGACCCCGCGGCCACCAGCUCUACUCUGGUCCUGCAGGAGAACAUGAGGACCUCCUGACCUCAGCCUUGAGCUCCGGACUUGACUCAGUGCGUGGCUUCCGGCGAGGGCUGGUGGCUUUGAGCCAGGGCAGAGGCCAUUCUCAGGGGCUUUCCUGCCAGGCAGACACCAAGUUGCCCCAUAGUUCAGAGUGGAGACAGGCAAGGCAUUGCAAUUCUGAGCUCUGGGUCCAAUUCCACACUUCCCCUCCGUUCAACCCCUCAGAGUCCGUGCGGCUGGGCUCCUCACACACCUACACCCUAGCUCUGUGCUUAUGGCCAAGACCCUUACUGCCCAUCCCACAGCCUCACCUGCGUAGCUCAAUGCUCUUCCACAUGGUAGCCACUAGCCAGAUGUAAC